AUGUCGCGAUCUCUGCCGAAGAAGAAUAACCCUCUGAUUGUCGCCGAUGCGGCUCCGUCCUACGAGGAACUCCUUGCGCGCCGUCGCCUGGGCAAGACCAACCUCGCUGUAAAGCCCGCGCAGAUCGGCACGUCGAAUGCGACCAAGCCUGAAAACUUGGGCGUGUUCGAGUACGCCCAUCUUCGGGCUCCGUUGCCCAAGGACCUUAAGGGCUCCGAGAUCUUUCCUUCGCAUACACCAGCGCAGCACCCAGAGACUUACUUUUUGAUGCGGAGGAGCAAAGAUGGAUUUGUGAGCGCGACGGGCAUGUUUAAGAUCGCAUUCCCUUGGGCCAAGGCCGAUGAAGAGAAGAAUGAGCGCGAAUACCUGAAGACCCGUGAAUACACGAGUGAAGACGAAGUCGCGGGCAAUGUGUGGAUCUCCCCUAUGUUUGCUCUCGAGCUUGCCAAGGAAUACAAGAUGCACGAUUGGGUUCGCGCCUUGUUGGAUCCUACCGAUAUUGUUCAGAGUCCGUCCAGCGCAAAGAAGCAGAUCACCCCGCCACCAAAAUUCAGCUUGCCGUCCGAUGAGCCCACUAGCUCGUCGCAGCGCAGAUCCCGUCGCUCCGCCUCGCCUACCAAGGCCUCGUCUCCUCGCAAGUCACGCCAACCUCGGGCUACUAAGGACAUCACGAGUACCCCGUCCACGAGUGCUGCCAACGCCAGUCUCCAAUCCACACUAGACAUGACCCUCACCGCAGACUCGGAAUCGGUCAACGGGAACCUGGAGAUUGUUGAAGAGGAGACGGACGUGAAGGCAACCGGUUCGCCCGAGAAGAAGUCACGAGGCCGUAAGUCCAAGAAGGCUGCGGCAGAGGCCGAGGAGAAAGCAGAGAAGGAGGAGAAGGAAGAGAAAAAGGAGGAGAAGAAGGGAGAUAAGAAAAAGAAGAAGGAAAGCAAGAAGGAAGCGGAAGUGGAGGUUGAGGCUGCUGCCGUUCAAGACAACGCCACGACUACGCAGAAAACCGUCUCGCUUGAUGUGCCCAUCAGUCUGCCCGAGGUCCCGUCGGCUUCCGAGACAGAGGAAAUGAUCGCCAAGGCUAAGGGCAUGGUGGAAGAUGCCAUCAGGACAGAGAAGACUGGGGCUGCAUCCGCAGAAUCGGCGUCUGCUACGGUGACCAAGAAGCGCAAGUCUGAGGAAGAUGAUGAGGAAACUGCCGCAGAGUCUGCACAGCGAGCCAAGAAGGCGAAGGUGUUGGAAGACAAGAUCAAGCGGGAACGAGUGCGCAACCGCGCUCUGAUUGGUGUUUCAGCGGCGUUUGCCCUUGCGUACGUUUUCACCUGGUCUUCUGGAUGGUCAAGUUUCUUUGCUAACAAUGCAUCUAGUGCCUCGAUCCCCUAUUUCCUUUGA